AUAUGAUUCUGACAUUUAAAUAUAGAAUUUUCUCAUUGUCAUUGCGUUAUCAUUUUAUUUAUUUAUUUAAAUAUUUUCGUGCGAUUAUUAAGCAUCAUAGCCGGUGCAACUAAAUCGAACAAUUUUUGAGCGGAUCCAUUACAUUCAAUUUGAAAAUGAAGCGUGUUGUUAUAUUAAAAUCGGAAAGUGAAAGCUCGGACAGCUAUGCCACCUUAUUGCGAGAAAAUAAUUUUGAUCCAAUAUUUGUGCCAACGUUAGGAUUCGGUUUCAAGAAUUUGGAUACGUUAAAAGCAAAGCUAGGUGAACCGGACAAUUAUGGAGGAAUCGUUUUCACUAGUCCGCGAAGUGUGGAGGCAUGUGAACAAGCUAUCAAAGGAACGAAUUUCGACAAAAAAUGGAAAGACUUACAUAAUUACUGUGUUGGCGAUGUAACACAUAAUUUGAUUCAUGUUGUGCUCGAUAUGAAUGCCAGAGGUAAACAGACCGGAAAUGCAAACAAUUUGGCUGAUUACAUUUUUGAGAGCUUGGAGGGUCAUCGUUUGCAGAAUCCAUUUCUCUUUCCGUGCGGAAAUCUCAAACAGGACACUCUACAGUUGAAACUGUUGGACUACGGCUACUUUAUGGAUCCGAUUGAAGUGUACGAAACUGCUGCGCAUCCGGAUCUGGAGAUGAAUUUACGCAAAGCAUUGAUUGACGACAAGGCAGAAUACUUGGCAUUCUUCAGUCCAUCUGGAGUGAAUUUUGUCAAUGCGAUUCUGAAGAAAUUGGAAAUUCGCAUGUCCGAUUUCAAAUUGAUUGCUAUCGGACCUAGUACCCGGAAAUCGCUGGAAAGUAAUGACUUAACGGUGUUCAAGACGGCCGAAAAACCAUCUGUGGAAUAUUUGGUCAAGGCUUUGUUGGACGCAGCAUGAUUGUGUUACUUUUUGUGUCUUUGUUGUUGUUCGACCAUCUUUUUUUCAUCUUACAAUCGAAUUGAAGACUGAACGAAAAAAGACUUUUUAUAAAAAUAGCUUAUAGGUCAUCGAUUUAAUUUUAAUGCCAUAAGGAAUUUGUGCUUGGUGUUUCAGCUAAAACAAGACACGCGCUUUAAAACAUUGAAAUGUGUGAACGGUGCAGUUUCAUUUAUUGUGCCCUAAAAAUAAAGUCUUGCUCAUUUCGAUUGAUGACAUAUAAUCAAGCGUUACGAUUUUGUGGUUUUUAAUGAUCUAUCCAACGUUUGAACCUCGUUAUGUUAGACUGAAUUUGUUAUGUUUGUUUGUUUUUUAAAUAAAGAAUUUUAAUUGGAAUGUUAA